AAACAACCAACCGGAAGCUAGCCGUUGGCUCCAGGGAAUUCGGUUAGGACGCCAAAUGGGUGUUUUUCUCGCCAUAAAGUCUUCUCCGUGUCUUGUAACAUUUCUUAACCGGCGUCACGCUUGUUUUCAGAUGAACUAUUGUUGGGUGUAUUUACUGGCUACGCGGUGGUACCCCCGGCCGGAAACAGAAGCGGGCCCGGCCGGAAGUGGAAGUAGGCCCGGCCGGACACAAGGAAGACGGGCAAGGCUGCGCUCGGCGACACCGGCGUGUGUUUAUACGGCAAUUAGUCCACUGCAUGUCGGCUAAAUCCACUGCGUUCCACGGCUCGUGUAAGAAAAAGACAUAUUUUCCUAACUGUGUCCCGCUGCUUCGUGAAGUUUUAGCAUGGCGCUUAGCAACAGACGAGCUAGCUAACAGCGGAUAUCAACUUUUUUUCCUAGCCGAGUUUUAACCUCUGAAAAAAAAUAUGAGCGCCGGAGCCGAUAUUGUCAACGAAUACAUUUCCUUUUAAGACACCUCAUUUGCUGCCAUUUUAAGAAACAAAAGGGAGGAGGGAAAAAAGCGGUUAAAUGUUCGGGGAGCGACUCUAGCGCGGUAGCAGUGUAGCGAAGCCUUUAGCCGCUGAAGUUAGCCAUGAAGGAGUACAAAGUGGUGGUGCUGGGCAGCGGCGGCGUGGGCAAGUCCGCGCUCACCGUGCAGUUUGUCACCGGCACCUUCAUCGAGAAGUACGACCCCACCAUCGAGGACUUCUACCGGAAGGAGAUCGAGGUGGACUCGUCGCCCUCCGUGCUGGAGAUCCUGGACACGGCGGGCACGGAGCAGUUCGCCUCCAUGAGGGACCUUUACAUCAAAAACGGCCAGGGCUUCAUCCUGGUCUACAGCCUGGUCAACCAGCAGUCUUUUCAGGAUAUCAGACCCAUGCGAGACCAAAUAGUGCGAGUGAAGCGUUUUGAGAAGGUCCCGCUGAUCCUGGUGGGCAACAAAGUGGACCUGGAGUCGGAGCGCGAGGUCGCCGGCUCGGACGGUCGGGCCCUGGCUCAGGAGUGGGGCUGCCCCUUCAUCGAAACCUCUGCCAAGAGCAAGACCAUGGUGGACGAGCUGUUCGCCGAGAUCGUGCGUCAGAUGAACUAUUCCACACUGCCGGAGAAGCAGGAGCCCUGCUGCACGGCCUGCGUGGUCCAGUGAAGAGGAGACACCGUCUGUUUGUCUUGGAUCACCACAAGCAAAUUUUGGAUGGAGCGAAGGCCACCGGACUUUGCGAGCCAACCCGCCGCGCCCCGAGUAACAUUUCUGUCUUAACACAGAGCAUCUGGCAGCCAAGACGUCAGUCCUAUUUUUGAUAACCUAACUGUUUUAAAGAUGUUUUUGCUGCAACUUUCAAAGCAUUUUUGUGGCGUGAAGUGACGGGAUGACAGACUCGGGCAGCCAUCUCGGAUUUUUAUUCUUAUGUUUUCUCUUCCCCCCCCCCCGCCGCCUUCCUUUUAGUCAGAAACGGCACUCAAGCGUAAUAAACAGGUGUUGGCGAGGUCGCAGCUUCUUUUUUAAAGCUGCUUUAAUCUCUCUUCUAAACUUUAUUACUUGUAUUACGUCACCGUUUUGGACUUUUGAACAAGUAUUUGAUGGUAUGGAAACAUUUAAUUUGAAGCAUGCCUACUUUUAAGUUGCUGAUAAACUGCUGUUGAGUUACACUGCAAGUGUACUCCUCAUUCUAUUUUUACAAGUUGGUCUAGACUUACACUAUGUGCUGAAAAUGCAGCUUUUGCUUCAGGGAUGUUUGACUGUGGAAGAAAGUCUUAUUUCGCAGGACAUCUUUAAAGCUACAAAGUUGCCUGCUCACAAUUAGUGAGAAGGGGGAGUACGUGAGUGAGGUGCACAGCGCGUGGGUCGCAUCCUCCUCUUUCAAUGUCCAUUUUUGAGGAGGUGGCAUCACGGGGGACCACCAAAGAAAGUGCAGAGUUUGUUGGAUGACGUGACACGUGUUGCUUUACAGAUGCAAAGAGUAGCAGAAGUGGUUAUGCUAUGGCACAGUUAAGCAGAUUUAACAUUGCUUUCAUUUUUUUUUUAUUAGUAACAUAUUUAUUGCAAACUAAUGGUGUGAGUAGCCAGUUAUAAACAUUUAAUUUUAUACUAGUUUACUGCUUUUGUGACUUCAGAAAACAUGGUAUUUGUCUUGUUUUUUUUUAUUAAGCUGAGAAUUUAACAGAGCCUUAAAAUAAUUUCUGGUGCAUUUUGGUGUCCGGUUUGUUUUUUUCUCAACAAAAGCUACCAACUGUAAAUAAAACUUGACUUUUACGACAUGAA